ACAAAAUAAUAUAAACUCUAAAAUUUGGAAUAAAAUUGUUUAGAGAGAUUUGAAAUCUGAUAUUGUUACCCCCAAAAACCCGAAGACAUCAAAACAAUUCGAACGUGUUUAGAUUUCACCAAACACCUAGAGAUAUCAGAGCUCAUAUCUCACGCGUUCACCAAACAGACCCUAAGUUUGUUUGCAAUUGGAAGGAUCAUGGUAGAUUUAUUCUAAAAAAACUCAUCUUUAAGAUAGAGUUUAGAGUGUCAAGGUAGUCUUUCAAAUGAGUUUGUCAUUUUCACAUCAACAAACAAUGCUAGCUCAAUCCUUAUGUCUUGAACAAUAAUAUUAGACAAUUCGUCGUAAUUUCUCUACUAUAAAUAUGGAGCAUUGGUUCACCGAGUCGGUUCUUGGUUGUUUUGGCACUGGGGCAUAUGCAGCUGGAACACUGAACUCGGACGAAGCGAGAGACCUGAGCAAGCCAUUAAAGGAGAGGUUCUACCUCCAACCAUUGUCACCAUCAGAAGCCGCGGCAAGGGCAAAAGAGUCAGCCAAGGACAUUAUCAAUGUGAAGGGCCUGAUCGAUAAACAACAAUGGCCUUAUGUCCAGAAUGACCUUCGCUCCAAGGCAGAGUACCUCCGCUAUGAUCUCAACACUGUCAUCUCUUCUAUGCCCAGAGAAGACAAGAAGUUGCUCAAGGACUUGACUGGCAAACUCUACCAAACCAUCAGCAAUCUUGACUAUGCGGCGAAGAGUAAGGACAGCAGUAAAGCAGAGAAAUACUACGAGGAAACCGUGGCUGCUUUGAAUGAUGUUCUCUCAAGGCUUGGGUAGCAUAGCAUGCAUAUUUGAUCUAUGACUGUACUCAUUUUUCAGUGGCUUUGUUAAAAGAAAUAUUGAGAAUCCAUUAUUAUUCCUUAAAACUAGAUGAAUAAGUUGUUUGAACAUUUUUAGUGGGACAUGUUAUUUUUACGUGCAAACCCAAUCGGAAAAAUCACGUAUCUUUUUCAGUGGUAUCAUUCCAACGGGGAAUUUGUAUUAU